UUCGGAUUCUCUCUAGACGCGGGAAAAUGAGUUAUGCAACUUCGCGUGUUUUGGGUAAAACAGCUACAGAGCGUUUGAACGGCGAAGCUUUCCACAGCCCAUGAUUAGAGCACUGAGGACCUUCCUAUACACUCAUACUCAUUCAACAUCCAAAUCUUGCAGAAGAACCUUCACAUUGAGAGCUGCAUUUUUGUCUCCGAAACAUUUGGAGCCUUUCAGAAUAAAUCCUCUUUGUAAAAGUGAUUUGUCCUACGCUUACCCAUCGGAUUAUUGGAAUGCCCAUUGCUUUUAUCUUGGAGUAAGAAAAAUGUCUGAUAAAAAGAAGAGUAAAAGGAAAGCUGACACAGAAGAGCCGGCAAAGGAGAGUUCAAAGAAACAGAAGACUGAGGUCACAGACAGCCAAAGUCAAGGUCAGAACAGCCUAAUAAAACAGAUCACAGAGUCCCGCAACAAACUCUGCGAGUCUGUAGCCGAAUUCAAAUUCAACAAGAAGAGAAUUAAAGUGUUGUCCAAAGUUCAAGAUUUCCCUGAUGGGAAGAAUGGGGUUGUGUACUGGAUGUCAAGGGACCAGAGAGUUCAGGAUAAUUGGGCAAUGCUGUAUGCCCAGAGACUCGCCCUCAAGAUGGAGGUACCCCUCCACGUCUGCUUUUGUCUGGUUCCAAAGUUUCUGGAUGCCACCAUCCGACAUUACAGGUUCAUUCUGAAGGGUCUAGAAGAAGUUGAGAAGGAAUGUCAAGAGCUGGGCAUAUCUUUUCAUCUGUUGAUUGGACAUGCUAAGGAUGUACUGCCUUCAUUUGUAAAAGAUCACCAGAUUGGAGGAGUUAUCACAGACUUCUCUCCCCUGAGGGUUCCAGCAGAGUGGGUGUCUGGGGUCUCAAAGGCUCUGCCCUCAGACAUACCCUUAUGUCAGGUGGAUGCUCACAAUGUAGUGCCAUGCUGGGAGGCUUCACCCAAACUGGAGUAUGGAGCCAGGACAAUCCGGAACAAGAUACACAAUCAGCUGAGCCAGUACUUGACGGAAUUCCCUCCGGUCUCUAAACACCCACACAAACCAAAGGCAGCAUCUCAGCCAGUUGAUUGGUCCAAAGCCGAGGACAGCUUGGAAGUGGAUCGUAAGGUUACAGAGGUGGACUGGGCUGUCCCAGGAAGUACAGCCGGACUGAACAUGCUGGAGUCCUUCUGCCAUGAGCGACUCAAGUACUUUGGCUCCUACAGGAAUAAUCCAAACAAAAAUGCCCUCAGCAACCUCUCACCUUGGAUCAAAUUUGGUCAGAUCUCUGUUCAGAGGUGCAUUCUGACGGUUCGUCAGUAUCGCAGUAAAUACAAGGAAUCUGUCGAGUCCUACAUAGAGGAGGCCAUCAUACGACGCGAAUUGUCCGACAACUUCUGCUUUUACAACAAAAACUAUGACUCCAUUGAUGGAGCAUACGACUGGGCCAAACAAACACUCAAAGUCCAUGCAGAUGAUAAGAGAAAGUACGUGUAUACCAAAGAACAGCUGGAGUUUGCCAAGACUCAUGAUGAUUUGUGGAAUGCUGCCCAGAAACAGAUGGUUCUGGAGGGUAAAAUGCAUGGGUUCCUCAGAAUGUAUUGGGCCAAGAAGAUUUUGGAGUGGACUCCAAGUCCAAAAGUUGCCUUAGAAACCGCCAUCUACCUCAAUGAUAAAUACUCACUGGAUGGAAGGGACCCCAACGGUUAUGUUGGUUGUAUGUGGUCCAUUUGUGGAAUUCACGACCAAGGCUGGAAAGAGCGAGAUAUUUUUGGGAAAAUCCGCUACAUGAAUUACGAUGGAUGCAAGAGGAAGUUUGAUGUGGCAGCAUUUGAAAGGAAAUAUAAGAGCAAGUCAAUACAGUGAUGAUUAAUCAUCGUUGAAUUUAGUGAAGACUCUUGCAUGCAUUUCCAACAUCAACAUAUGCAGCCGAUGUUAUAUGUUAUUUCAGUUGUGUUCAAGUUUAUUUAGGAAGUAGUUGUAGGUGUAUUUGUUUAUUUUAUAUCCAUGGUGAUACUUUUCUUCAAUUUGUACUCUAAAUAAAUCAUAUCUCAAACAAG